CCCUCAUCUCCAUCAGGUUCGUCGACGUAGAAAGGGGCGUCACUAUGAUUUCCCUUAAGCCUGGCUCCUUCUGCGACGUUUGCGCAGAGGAGUAUGGCUCGCAUAACUAUCCUCAUUCUAUGCCAUGCGGACAUGUCCUAUGCCUUAAUUGCUGCAACAACAUCCUCAAAAAAACACCUACACGCGUUACGCCUUCCUGUCCUUUCUGUCGCGUGCCCUUCACUAGCGACACCAUUCGUUUGGUCCGUGUGGAGUUCAGCAACAGCGGCCGUUCGACUCCUGCUAGAGCCACCGCCGAUGCUCCAGACGUCGCCCUUGACAGUGAUGACGAUGUGCUAUUGUUAACGCCAUCCAGCCUCAAGGAUAGCAGGGCCGAAGCUCGGCGGCUGGAGUACAAGGUCGCCAAGGUAGCGGCGAAGAAGUGCUCUGUCGAAGAAGUCGAAAAUCUGCAUCAGGAGCUGAAAGACUGGCUCUCAGGCUCUUCUGACGUCAAGUCCCACGAUGACCAAAAGGCCGCUCUACAAUUGAGCGCUGCACUACUCCAUGCGAUUCUCGUGAAUCACGUGGCGCACAAGCAGGCGACGGACAUGGCGAAAGCGGUAGAAAGUGACCUUAGAAACAAGCUCGCCCAGGUUGAUAAAGCAAAAGAAGAGGCAGAGGAAGAGCUACGCAGGCGCACACAAUGUGCAACAAAAGUACAAGAGAUUCAGACCUUGCGCGCAGAAUUAAUACGCCUCAAGCUCAAGGCGGGCGAAUCUACCACUAGUCCAACUCCUCGCCCUCCGUCCACCGCUUCUUUCAUGAACCCACGAUCAGGCGCUACGUCUCCCACGUCCCCGACAUCCCCGACGCGCGCUUCCUUCGCGUCCUCCGUCCAAUCUUCCCUCUCUCUUCCCCGCAUCAGCGCAGCCUCAGCCCAUGCACGCUCCGCCUCGACCAUUCCUGGCUACCGAUCUAUGGCCCCUGCGACGCGGCCGGCCUCAGCGAUACCCACCCAUACCCGUACUCUAUCCUCGGGCACCCAGGCUGUCCAUCGUAUACCCUCCAGGCAGCUUUCGAGCCUGCCGCCCAAAAUGACACGCUCGACGAGCGCAGGCUCGGACGAGAACGAAAAAGAGAAGCAGCGCGAACGUGACGCGCGCCGUCUGCAGCUUAUGCAGUUUUGGUACCCAGCUGGGAACGCGGCGUCGGGGAAGCAGCAGUCUAAGCCUGCUUCCCCCAACGUCGUAUCCUCUAGUGAGGCCGCUGCUUCCGUUCUUCCACGUCGAUGCAAGCCUUCAAUCUCCUCGCCUUCGUCCUGACCGCAGGAGCGGAGCUUGCUCAUCAUGUGGAAUCCAUAGACGCGGAUCAUAAAUGGUUCGCCGUGUCGGAUACCUUACUAUACCUCAUACUGUCUCCUGCUGUUAUCUCGCCUUGGCCUAUUUCUGCUUCGUUCACGGAUUGCACCCAGAGACACGUUGUCUGCUCCACGCUUGUCUGUCUGGAUUGAUACUUACUCCCCC